AUGACUGUAUGCGCCACGAUCGUCGCCCUUGCCCUCGUCUACCUCUAUUUCGUGCAUCUUCAGGCGCCAUUGGAGCCGAGCACAACUCCACUGCCUCCAGCGAAUGCCUACUACUGCUCCACAGAGUUCUGCAACCGAGAAGCGGCAAGGCUCAAGUCUCUCUUAAGCAGCACGACGGGACCUUGCGACAAUUUCUACCAGCACGUGUGCGACAAGUGGGUGCAUAGUCAACGCUUGGAGAGCCCUGAAACUGGCACCGCCAUUUCUAGCGACACAAUGAUCCAAGACCAGCUCAUUGAUAGCCUGGCAGCCAAUCUGAUAUCGAGUAAACAAGCCGGCGUAGCUGUCGAGCUCUACAACUCGUGCACAGACCGCACUCAGUCGGGCAGGGCGUUUGCAGCCAUGAAUGACCUAUUUCGGCUGUGGACGAUUGGCCGCUGGCCAACAGACGCGUUAGCAUCCAUGAGAGACGUCUGGUCCUUUGCUGGCGAGCUUCUCAGAGACGUCGGGCUGAAUGCGCUUGUAGACGUACACGUAGCCGUGCACUCAGAAGAUCCCACCAAGGUCGCCAUAGGGUUGAAAAGGCCGUCCUUUCUGUUUUCCUGCAACGAUGCAACCCGGCCUGCUGUAAUUAACAUGCUUCAAGACGCGCUUGUGGAAACCAUGGUAGCUGUCGCACGUUCAGCCAAUCAGCAGCUCAUCGACGAAGUCAUGCAAGUCAUCACUCGCCUUAGCUCCAGCCCCCUCGAGCCUCCCGUUUCGGAGACCGGUAUGCGUGGUUUCAGCGUCGUUAGGCUGUCAGACAUGGACCCUGGCAUCGUCGAUCUUCUGAAAGCUACGUUUGGCAAUGACUCCUCGCUCGGCAAGGAAACGAAGGUAGUGCUCAAGUCAGCCGAUUUCCUUCAGGGCCACCUAGUCGAAGCACUUCGAGAAUUGCCGCCGCGAGCUUUGAUGAACUAUUUGGGCUUUCUGGUUUUCAUCAACCUCGCGCCAUUCUUCCUGGACAGGCACCGACUCCUUCGUCAGCUGUUCAGCAAGAGCGUCCUCGGCAGGACUCUUCCCGACGUGUCGAACACUGGUCGGCUCUGCCUGGUGGCCGUGGAACGCGUGCUGCCUGGCUGCUUUGCGAAGAUAUCUAGCCAAUACUUCCGGGCCUCCGGAGGCAUCGUCGCCAACAAGCUGUCGCAGCUGGUGACCAGCUUUGGGCGCAACGUCGAGCAUCUCGCCUGGAUGGAUGACAUGGCUGCCGUCUUGUCCCGCUAUCUCCUCAAAGAGUUCGCGACGACGCCUAGCAGCAACGACACCGCCUUCUGUCCCACGUCUUUCACCUCGUAUGCGGGCGACAGCUCGGUGAAGUUCUUCGUGGCCGUGUCGCGAGACCGCCAGCGAAGAUUGCUGAGGCCGCUGACGAAAAGCGACGGUGGUGACAUGGCGACAAUGUCGCGCUCGCAGCUUCUGACCACGGCGACGUACGACGCCCCCCGAAGGCGGCUUCAUGUCCCCGCGGCGCUCUUCAACGUGUCCGUGCCUGCUAACACGAGCCACUUCUCGCUUCACUUUGCGCGCUUUGCCGUGCGCUUCUAUGGAGCCGUCGUGGAGGCGCUACUACACAGGGACGCCGUCCAGCCGUCGCUGCGCUACAGCGACGACCUGCAGCGCCGCUUCGAGGACCUGCUCGGCUGCUUCGAGUGGGAGCUUCGGCAGCUUCCGGCAGGCCUCAGUCACUCGGCCGAUGCCCCCUACUCGGUGACGGCGCGUGGUGCUUUCCUGCAGCAGACGGUGGCUGUGCAGCUAGCCUUCAGAGCUUUUCAGGAAGCUGAGCUCCACAAGCUGGACAAGGGGAUCCUCGAUGGUAUUACAGACGAGGCGAUCGAUGGCGAGCUUGAGAGAGCUGCCGACUACAACGAGAAGAUCCUGUUUGCAAUCUCUGAUGCAGAGUUUGUCCUUUCUCAGCGGCAACAGUCCUCUCAUCUCAAUCACCCUUUGUCGAGCGGAAGUUCAAAUCGCCAGGCAGAAACAACCCAAGGUAGCAUCGGGCCUGCUGCUGCGACGCAAGACCAGAUUCAGGUCGAGGUGCGAGAGGAAGGAAAGCAAGAACAGUCAACGUCGCAAGUCCGCCACUCGCCCAAGGAAGCUGACGACGUGAAUUCCCAGACAAUAUCUACCCCAGCCAUUCCAUCGGUGUCAGCCCUGGCCACAAUAGAAAACUGGCAGCCACGCAUUCCUUCUUGCCCUUUGUGCAAUAGCAGAGAUCACGGCAUCGCAGAAUGUACGGCCAACAUCCCCGCCUACGACAAACGAGCCAAGCUACGCAAUGCGCACUACGUGAGAGUCAGGCGGGCGGUACCAGGCCUGGUACCUCUGAUGGUUCAAGAGCCUGGGAUCCCUCGCGGUAGCGACAACAGGGAGAUUGCAGCACGGCGACUAAAUCUGCAGCUGAACAGAUUCAAGGAACAACCUGAGCUGCUACAACAGUAUGACGAGGCCAUCAUUGACUAUUUAAGGAAGGUCAUGCCGAAAGAGUCCCAGAGGAGUUGCUUCCCGGCUCUAACAUCUACUACAAGCAUCAUCAUGCUGUGA